CUAGUAGCUGCCCGCAGCCCACCUCGCUUUGUCGGAACACGUCUGCGCGUCGCAUUUAAGCAGCUGGCUCACCUCAUCAGCACGCAGAGUUUGCGCUUUCACUGUUCCUGUUCAAAAACAAAGAAAAUAAACUAUGUCUGCAAACACGCGCGAGCCUGACGUGGACACCACGGACGCGAGGCAGCACGAUGGAAAACAGCCAGCGGGGUCUUCGUCUGGCUCGUCUCCCAUGGGCGUUGAUGCCAAGCCCGGCUCCCGCAGCUUCAGAUACAGCCUCGGCUUUCCCAGCAUUGGCCACUGCAUCGUCAUUAACAACAAGAACUUUGACAGGAGCACAGGCAUGAAUCAGCGGAACGGCACAGAUGUCGACGCAGCCAACGUGUGUAAAGUGUUUAAGAAUUUGGGCUAUGCGGUGAAGGUUUACAACGAUCAGACAACCAGCCAGAUGGUUGGCAUUUUAAGUGCAGCAUCUAAGGAAGACCACAGCAACUCGGCCUCAUUUGUCUGCGUUCUCCUGAGCCAUGGAGACGAAGGCGUGUUCUUCGGUACCGAUGGCCCACUACAGCUCCAGACGCUUACCUCCAUGUUCCGAGGCAAUCGUUGUAGAUCACUGGUGGGAAAACCAAAGCUUUUCUUUAUCCAGGCCUGCAGAGGCACCGAUCUUGAUCCGGGCGUUGAAACGGACAGCGCAGACGAAACCACAAAGAUCCCCGUGGAGGCAGACUUUCUCUAUGCCUUCUCCACAGCUCCAGGCUACUACUCCUGGAGGAACACGAUGAGUGGGUCUUGGUUUAUCCAGUCACUCUGUGACAUGAUCACCAGAUACGGAAAAGAACUGGAGCUGCUGCACAUCAUGACGCGAGUGAACCACAAGGUGGCAGUAGAAUUUGAGUCUGUGUCCAAUUCACCAGGGUUUAAUGCAAGGAAGCAGAUCCCAUGCAUAGUGUCCAUGCUGACCAAAGAGAUGUAUUUUUUCCCUUGAUGUUGGAUUCCCACGAGAAACCCCAACUUUGGCAAAUAUUAAUUUCUGCUUUAUAGUUUCCACAUAAAGGUCUGGUGAAAAUUACAUGUCUUGGGAGCAAAUGUGACAUGUCAGUAUACUUUAAUUCCACCGAUUUGGCAUUAUAGGUUUGUCAAUUUGUGUUUUGUAUUUCUGAUAUGAAUGGCAUUCAGUUUUUUUUGUUUUGUUUUGUUUUACAUGUGCCUGUUUUUCUUUUGCUUCGUUUUUGUCUGAAACCACACAUCACUGCUGAGGAUUUAUUUCUUUUAAACCAUUUUCUACCUGAAAUCAUGCGGUGCAGCCGAUCAGAAAAUACUGGUGACAGUAACUGUGAUGGCACUGUGAGUGACGUGGGUCGGUUUGACCCUUUAUCCCCGACGUAUACGUACACGUCACCAUUUCCUUCCUCCUUUACUUACCUGUAAACAAACCGUUUUCGUAUUUAGUCACUGCGUUUCGGUUCAUUUCUCUGCGUAGUUGAGCGUUUUGAGAUAUAAUGAAGAUUUCAGUAUAAAUCAUUUUCUACAGGAUGUUUUUUUUUUCUUCAUCUAUUUCCGUCAAUUUGUGGUUCUGAUCUUUGAUUAGGCCUGUCAACCCUUAUGAGAUGUGACAGAUUGUGCCUCUUUGAUGGGUUACUCAAUAUUAGGAAUAUAUUGUUUUUUGUGAAAUUAUGCAAUGUUGGGUUCUUUGUGAGCUUUAGCAUCUUGGUGAAAACAUAUUUUUACCCACUUUCCUUGGCAGAAUUGUUUUAAUUCAGCCACAUUGGAGGGUUUCCAACAACGAAUGACCGGUUUUAGGUAAUGCCACGCGGUGUCGAAAGGAUUUAAGUUCAGACUUUCACUACCCAAAGGUUGCAGACUGAUGGCUGAACUUUCCCUUUCAGGCCAGAACUCUUUGUCAGGAAUUGGAGUUCACGGUUCCAUCCGUUAAA